UAUCGUCUUCUAGCACUAUUUAACUAUCCUUACCCAUGCAACUGCAUUUUGUGGAAAUGUAAUCCCUUCAUUUCUAAAUAUUUGUACAUAUGGGAUUGUCCGAAGUUAAAUUUGCCAAAUUUUACUGAGUUUGUAGAUAAAGACACCGACAUAUUUAAUACUCCGUACUAGACAAAUAUAUGUUCGCUAGACCAUGGUGACAUCCUCGCUAGCCCAGCCGACCACAUGCACAUGCCAUGGCCCCCUGAGCAACAUUAUGGUCCUCUCCAAAAAAAAAAAGAGCAACAUUUUGGUUGGGCCGGGAUUGUUUCCCGGCCUAGGUGACCCACGUGGAUCGGGCCCCAAAUCGGGCCGGGCUGGGGACAACCGAACAGAGUCUGAGGUGUGAGUUUCACUCCAAGAUCUGACCUGAAAUUCAUAGCAACGAUUUCCUCUGCCGUGGGGAGACUUGGAGUCUGCUCCCGCGCCGUUCGUCUGCAAUUCUGUGCUGUGGCCAAGCCGUCAAGGUCCACUUUGCUGUCUAUGUCUGUAUUAUUGUCAGUCUAGACUUUACCUGCCACAUUAACUCCUUAAGGGUGAUGAGUGCCUAACUUUGAUUACAUGGACAGAAAAUUCUGCACCACACAACCACGGUCUGAAGAACCAUACAGGAAAGGACCAUGCAUAUCUGUAUCUGUGUGCUACUUUCUUCCCUUAACAGACACAAGCAGAGGGAGGAACGGCCUGAUGGCUACGCACUGUAUUUCCUUCUUCUUCCUCCUAUUCUUGAGUUCAUCCUGCAAAUCCGAUGACCAGCUCACAUAUGCAAAGCCACUCACUCACGAUGAUAUACUCAUCUCCAAGGGCGGGGACUUUGCUCUUGGCUUCUUCUCCCCAACCAGCUCCAACAAGAGUUUCUACCUUGGCAUAUGGUACCACAGCAUCCCCGGACCACUCACCGUCGUGUGGGUCGCCAAUCGAGACAAGCCAAUCAGCAGCCCUUCGUCUGCCAUGCUCGCCAUCACCAACGGUUCCCGGAUGGUACUGUUCGACUCCGAAGGUCACGAUAUUUGGACGACCACAAGCAAUACUGUCACUGGAGGGUUCGAAGCUUCCGCGGUGCUACUCAACUCGGGGAAUUUUGUUCUCCGACUGUCAAAUAGCACGGAGAUAUGGCAGAGCUUCGAUCAUCCGACCGACACAAUACUUCCAAACAUGAGAAUUUUGGUGAGUUACAAGGGACAAGUCGUCGAACGUCUCGUUGCUUGGAAGGGACCGGAUGACCCGUCCACUGGGGACUUCUCAUGUAGCACUGACCCUAGCUCACCAACCCUGCAGAGGAUAGUUUGGAAUGGGACCAUGCCGUAUUGCCGUGGCAACGUGCUGAAUGGCGUGUCGGUUUCUGGUGGUGCAUACCUAAGCAACGCCAGUUCCUUCGUGUAUGAAACGUCCAUGAGUGAAAUUUAUUCAUGGCAAAAGGGUGGAAAUGAAGUUGCCGUCAAAAGGCUUAGCAAGGGUUCUGGACAAGGUACACUGGAGUUCAGAAAUGAAGUAGUUCUAAUUGCCAAACUGCAGCACAAGAACCUAGUAAGACUUCUUGGCUGCUGCAUGCAUGAAGAUGAGAAGUUACUCAUCUACGAAUACUUACCUAACAAAAGUUUAGAUGCGUUUCUUUUCGAUGUUGCACGGAAAUAUGAGCUUGAUUGGUUGACACGGUUCAAAAUAAUUAAAGGAAUAGCAAGAGGCCUUCUUUAUCUCCAUCAAGAUUCAAGAUUAACAAUAAUUCAUAGAGAUCUCAAAGCAAGCAACAUCUUGUUGGACAAAGAAAUGAUUCCCAAAAUUUCAGAUUUUGGUAUGGCAAGAAUAUUUGGUGCAAACCAGAACCAAGCAAACACUAUCCAUGUCGUUGGGACAUAUGGUUACAUGUCACCUGAAUAUGUGACAGGAGGUGCCUUUUCUACAAAAUCGGACACUUAUAGCUUCGGUGUUCUUCUCUUGGAGAUUGUUAGUGGCUUGAAGAUCAGCUCACCUCAGCUUAUACCGAACUUCUCUAGCCUUAUAACUUACGCAUGGCGAUUAUGGGAAGACGGAAAAGCAACUGAAUUGGUGGAUUCUUCGGUUGUUGAUAGCUGCAAGAUUCAUGAAGUUCUACGGUGUAUUCAUGUGGGACUCUUAUGUGUUCAAGACCGUCCUGAUGAUCGGCCACUUAUGUCAUCUGUUAUGUUUGCAUUAGAGAACGAAAGUGCGGUGCUUCCAGCUCCAAAGCAACCAGUAUAUUUUUCUCUGUGUAAUUACGAAGAUGGAGAGGCAAGGGAGAGCAUGGAGAAUUCUGCCAAUGCAAUGAGUAUCACAAAACUCGAGGGACGUUAGAUAUUUUAUAAUCUAGUCUAUGUGAAAUUUAGGAUAAAUUUACUCUUUGUCGACUUAACUUUUGCUUAUGUAGUUGUAAUACUUGUGAGUUCUAUUGUGUGGGAACAGCUGUUAAUAAUUAGGCGGAGCCACUGUCAAGAAAAGGGAGCUCUGCCCCUGUACUGGUCCUCGAUAUAUGCUACUGAUAUGUAUACAUCUAUUUUUGGCAUAUGGUUACGUUAGAGAACGAAA